UAACCUCGAACAGCUCGCUCUCGUCGCUUUCUUCUUCGUUUGGUGGUUUGCGAGUGUGAUCUUAAUCUUCGCGUGCGAGAAGGGAAGAGGCGGAGGAGGAGAGAUGUUUCGAUUGAGCAAUAAUCUCAUCGGGGUGCUCAACUUCAUCACCUUCCUGCUCUCCGUGCCUAUCCUGGGCGGCGGGAUAUGGCUGGCCACCCGCGGCGGCGUCACUGACUGCGAGAAGUUUUUGCAGACCCCUCUGAUCGUGAUCGGAGUCUUCCUCAUGCUCGUCUCCCUCGCCGGUCUCGUCGGCGCUUGCUGCAGAAACUCGCUUCUGCUCUGGAUCUACCUAUUCGUCAUGUUCGUGCUUAUCAUUCUCCUCUUUUGCUUCACUAUCUUUACCUUUGUCGUCACCAACAAGGGCGCUGGCGAGGUCGUCUCCGGUCGGGGAUACAAGGAGUACCGCCUCGGCGAUUACUCCCACUGGCUACAGAAGCGGGUGGAGAACUCGAAGAACUGGGCCAGGAUCCGCGCUUGCCUGUCCGAUGGUAAGGUCUGUCAGAGCCUACAGGAAAGUAACCAGAACUUCGACCAGUUUAUUAGGGACAACCUCUCGCCCAUCGAGUCUGGAUGCUGCAAGCCUCCUUCUGAAUGCAACUUUGAUUACCAAAAUGCAACUGUGUGGACUCCUCCUUCAACUGGCAACACUUCAACCAACCCCGACUGCGGAGCCUGGAGCAACAAUCAGUCCGAUCUCUGCUACGACUGCCAAUCUUGCAAAGCCGGUGUCAUUGCCAACAUCAAGGACAAGUGGAAGAAGAUUGCCAUCCUCAACAUCAUCAUCCUUAUAUUCCUCAUCGUCGUCUACUCUAUUGGUUGCUGCGCAUUCCGGAACAACAGGCAGGACAACGGUGCAUUUGGGUGGAAAGGAGGAUAUGCAUAAAUUCUAUCAGAUUUCCGCCGCUGCUUUCUGCUUUCCCAGCUUCAAUUUUUAGUCGCUACUAGUUUUUUCUCUGUAUAUUUAGGCUGCUGAUUACUACAAUACUACUUAGAUUACUGUUCAGGUAUUGUACGGUUGUACCUACCUCACGAUGCAUAUACUUAGAACUCCUUGUUGAUUAUGCAAAUUCUUAUAUUGCUUAUGGUGAUUGUUAUUAUCA